AUGACUUGGUUCGACGUGCCGCAUCUACUCGAUGCCCUCAAAGACGGCAGACACUCCGACGUCACUGUCAAGUGCGGCAACAGGAAAUGGAGGCUCCACAAAGUCGUUCUGUGUUCCAGGUCGGACUACUUCAAGGCGGCGUUGAGCGGCAACUUCAAGGCAGGUCACCUAAGACAGCUGUGCAUGUUUGACAGCUGUCAGGACUUUAAGAGGGAGGACAAUCGGGUCCGCCUUGCGGCACAGGUCUAUGUGCUUGCGGACUAUCUCCUCAUUCAAGACCUGAAGCAUCGUCUCUGCGACUUGCUGAACACUUGCUUGACGAACAAAGGACUCCAGAUCAAGCAGAUCAUGAACAAGGCAAUGGCGGAAUUUCAAGUGCCGUUCAAUGGUAGCCUGAGAAUUCAACGUGUGAUGAUUCGACGUGCGAAACUCCGGAUGCAGAGCGGGAAGAUCAAUCUCCGCCUCGUCAGCCCCGCGUACACUACGGGCUACUUUGGCGCUGUGGCCUGCGCGUUCGAGCAUGCCUCUCAGUGGCCGGAGCUAGAGGCGGCCCUACUUCAGCUGGUCACCGCUUCGGAGAGGGCGGUUUUGACUGCCGACGGCUUCUGGGACGGGAUGCUUCGGCACCCGCGGUUUGCGGCGCAGGUGCUUUCUUCCCUGGCGGAUACCUACCAGUGGCGCCAGAGAAUCGUGGACGAGUUCUGGCAAGAAGGUCCUCCGUGUGUGGCAGUUCCGCCUUGGUCAACCGCAUGA